UUUGCAGAGAGGCACAGAAACAAAAAGUACACUGAAAAGGGCAAAGCCUGAAGAAGAUUACCCUGGAAUAUCUGAGGAGCAAGCUGGAGCCAGAUCUGAACCAUCUACAUUUAAUAAUGGGUGGAGGACAGGAAAUAUAAGAGAGGUCGAAGAGGAGUAAGUCCACUGCUCCUCCUCUCUUUGACAGAGUUGAUCCUUGGAAAUCACACUUAUCAGCUCAACACCUGGAAAGAAGGCAGAGAAACUCAGUCAGUGAGAGAGAGCUGAAAAUACUUAUCUGUAGAACUGGGGGGAGCAGAAGGCUCCUGCUGAGAGGUCGGUCAUGAGGCAUAAGAAAAGCAAGGAUAAGGAAGGCAUGCCCCAAACACUGAGUCCUACCAGUAUGUUUACCCCUUGUGGCUUCAGCCCUCAUCUACAUACUUCAAAAGAAGGUGAACAAGGAGGACUGAUCUUCCAGGAUGGGAACCUUACCUCAGCAUCUCUGGAUGCCCUAAUCCAGCAUCUGAUACCUACCACUGAUUACUACCCUGAAAAAGCCUAUAUCUUUACAUUCCUGCUGAGUUCCAGACUCUUCAUCGAGCCCCAUGAGCUUCUGUCCCGAGUUUGCCACAAGUGCAUUGAGCAGCAGCGGCUGGAUGACCCCGUGCUGGACAAGGCUCGAAUCAGAAAAUUUGGACCCAAAAUCCUACAGCUGUUGACAGAGUGGACAGAGACAUUCCCGUAUGACUUCCAGGAGGAGCGGAUGAUUGGCCAUCUGAAAGAUAUGAUUCACAGGAUAGCCCCGUGUGAUGAGGCUUACUGGAAAAAGAUGAAUCAGCUUUUGCAAGCCCUUAAUCAGAAGCUUGCAACCCUCAGCCAUGGGCAAGAAGGGAUUGUCAAGAUCAGUACUGCUGUGUCUGAUAAGCUGGUUGCCUUUAAAACUAAACCUCCAUCAAUUCAGAGAGAAAUCCUGAGUGUCUGCAGUGACCCUUACACCCUGGCUCAGCAGCUGACACACGUGGAGCUGGAAAGACUAAGUCACAUUGGACCUGAGGAGUUUGUGCAGGCAUUUGUACACAAGGACCCUCUGGAUGGCACCAAGACUUGUUUCAGUGAGCAGAAGAAGACAAGUAACCUUGAGGCCUAUGUGAAAUGGUUCAAUAGACUCUGCUAUCUCGUAGCAACAGAAAUUUGUAUGCCUGCAAAAAAGAAGCAGCGAGCACAAGUCAUCGAAUUCUUCAUUGACGUUGCCCGAGAGUGCUUUAACAUUGGGAAUUUUAAUUCACUGAUGGCAAUCAUUUCUGGAAUGAAUAUGAGUCCAGUUUCCAGGCUAAAGAAGACUUGGUCAAAAGUGAAAACAGCCAAAUUUUUCAUUCUCGAGCACCAGAUGGACCCUACAGGCAACUUCUACAACUACCGGACGGCGCUGCGGGGGGCUGCCCACAGGUCCCUGACUGCUCACAGCAACAGGGAGAAGAUUGUGAUCCCCUUCUUCAGCCUAUUGAUCAAAGAUAUUUAUUUUUUGAAUGAGGGAUGUGCUAAUCGCCUUCCAAAUGGACACGUCAACUUUGAAAAAUUUCUGGAACUGGCUAAGCAAGUAGGAGAAUUUAUAACAUGGAAGCAAGUGGAGUGUCCAUUUGAGCAAGACCCUAACAUCAUCCACUACUUGCACACUGCUCCCAUUUUUACUGAGGAUGGUUUAUAUCUGGCUUCCUAUGAAAGUGAAAGUCCGGAAAACCAGACAGAAAAAGACAGGUGGAAAUCCUUAAGAUCCACUAUUUUAGGAAAGACUUGAAGAUUGAGAGAUUAUUGCAGUAGGUCAAGGAAAAGAAAUCAGCAAACAUUUUGCACUACUGAUUCCAAAGAUGCCUGUUUGGGAUUUAGAAAAUUUUUUUUUGUUUGAGUUUUUUUGUUGGAUUUUUUUUUUUUGACUGUCUAACAUGAUGGAUGAACUGGAUUCAUCCACUGAAAUCAACAGAACUGUGUGCACAAUGAUGCUUCUCUAACUAUGAGACAGAGAGAGGACGGACAAACAGACUAUUUGUGGCUGUGCCCAAACUGCAUCAGGAUCACUGUAAUUUUGCCUCUGAAGGAAAAUGCAAGAAAACCAGGAGCAGGGAGAAUCACGGUACUGCAACAGAGAAGCAAAAAUACACAAGAGUAUUUCAGAAGCAGGUGCUUCAGACAGCAGUUCUUUAACCUCUGAGGAUUGUAAAAUUAAAUCAAAGACAGACAACAGCAAUCUGGUUAAUUGCUGAAUGAAGAAAAGAAACUGAGUCUUGCAUUAGCAGUCCCCCAGCCUUGUUGAACAAAGCACCGACUGCUGCAGGUUUGAGCUUGCAGGGACGAGGCUGACAGCGCUCACACGUGUGUCACAGAGGCCAGGUCGGGACCGGCGUGCUGAGCCGGUUCGGGCAGAGCCUGGAGCGUCACUCCCGCUGGUUAAUCCUCCCUCCUCUCUUGUUGCUUUCCUUACUGUGAAUCUGGGCCGGUCUGAGGAGGGCACAGAGGUUGAUGGUGCUGCUUAUGACACCCCCACCACCUCUGAGGUUGAAUGAAGAAGCAAAUGACUCUGGACUCAACUUACCUCUAUUUAAUGUAUGUAGUGUAUUCCCUAAAUUUACUGAUGCCGAGUUGCAUCUUUUAAGGGGUUUUAUCACACUCAAAGAAAAAAGGUACUGCAUUACCAUUUGUAUCAGGUUCCAAUUAACACAGUACUGUUUAUUUUGUAACACAAUACUUAGGAGAUUGGGGAGUAAUUGCUCUGAACUGGGGAACUACAUGGUAUGCUUUAAAAGGACAAAGGGUUCCAGACUGGAAUGAACGCAUAAAGAAUUUGUCAUUCAUGAGCAGAUAACCAUUUUUGUCUUUUUUACUUUUAGGAUGUAAAGUUCACCAUUUCCUUACAGAUAACAUGAAACAGGGGCUAUGUCUUGUGUUUAAGGUUGUACAAUAUCAAGGUGCUACUGUAAGAGAUACAUUAAAUGAUAGUGAACUAUAUUAGAUUCAAAACUAAGCCCUAACAGUAGACUUAUUGUCUGUGUGUUGAAGGAAUGUCCCUAACUGCCCCAGAAAAUAUCUCAAAAAGCUUAAAUGAAACCUAAAUGUCACAUCAUACUGAACUUUUACUGACUUGGUGCUACCUUUUCAGAUGUUCCUACAACAGAAGGAUGUAACCCUUUCAUUGAAAUCAGUAAUAGUUUUAUUUCAGCACAGAGUGAUUCCAAGUGGCUGUAGUGUUUUGAAAAAUUAGGGUAAUCACAAAACCUGGCUGUGUUGGCCUAUUCACCCAGAAAACUGGAAGUGUUCCUGCCUUCUGCCAGGCCUCUGAGUGCCUGAGUGAGCUGUUGACCUGGAGAGAUGGCAGGCUGGUGUUUGAGGGCAGCAACCUGAGAAUGCCCUAUGUGGUGCAUUCAGGUUUGAGAUGUCUGCAGAGCAGUUCUGUGUGGGGCCAUGGCCUGUGGGAGCCCAGUCUGGCUCACUGAAUCCACUUGUGCUUGCUGAGCUGAGCAGGAUGGAUUCUUCUGGGUUUGCAAACAGGGCUUGAAGCAGAACUUCAGAUCUCCUUUUCCUGUAGAUCUAUCAGCAUAUGAAUUCAGACAGGGGGACAUAAAACUCUAAUGUGUUUAUUCAAGCUUUGUAUGGAAGAAUUAAGUGUAAGGAUGGUACAGCAUCAUUGCAGCCAUGGAAUGAUGACUGUUCUGCUGAUACUGUGAAUCUGCUGUUUGUUAAUUUUUGUACAUGAGCUGAGAGCUAUACAGAGAAGCUAUACACAUAUAGCUGUUCCUUCAGGCAGAACCAUUUCCAAAAUGAAGCCAUUAAAAGCCUGUUAAAUUUCAGAUGAAUCCAGAGCAAUAACCAUAAACGUAACUACAACAAUGCUAAUGUUUAAGUGUGUUUGCUAAAUGGUCAUUUUUGUUAUUAUCUGCAUAUUUUUAACAGGCACAGUGUGACUUCACAGUGGAAAUAUGGGGGGUUUGCUUAUCUGAAACCCAGUGCAAGUGGAUGGGCCCUUUCUUAAAACUGCUUUUUAAAAUGGAAAUCCUCACUCCUUUUCUAAUGAGCCACUAGAGAUUGGUACAGAUGAGAUUAUAAGACAGUGACAAUUAAUUAAAAUGUGAUUUUUCAUUAUACUUCCUUAUAUUUUGGGGCACCUUCCAUGAAUUUGGGCAAUUUUGGAAGUACAAGUUCAAUUAGAUCUCCUAAAGUUUAUCACUGUUGCAAACUAAACCAAUUUUGUAGUCCAAAACUUUCAAACCUCAGUGCUUAAAUGGAAGCAUAAAGGUCAGAUUUAGGUGGGUAUUAAGGGCUUAGCGGAACUAUCAGAAGCACUAAAUUAUUCUUUAGCCUUUAUAUAGCCACACAUUUAAAAGGUCCUUUUUCAGAGGUGCUAAACAUCCUCAUCUCUUGGGGAGUAGCACUUUAUGGAGGUGCGUGGCACAUGAAUCUGUAGUAUUUGAUCUCCAGAGACACUCACUGCUCUUUGCAAAAUGACUUGGAGAGUGCAAAACAACUUAAAAUGAGAAGACAGUGCUUUUAAAAAUGGACUUCAGGAACCAUAGCUUGUCUUCACAUAAUUUUGUAGCUAAAUCCUAUUUAAACAGAAACAAUGUAAGCCUUAAAUUGCAGCUGUUGGUUGCAUUUCUAAUCCAUUUUGGCCUAACCAGGGUGAACAGCUCCUGCCUGGCAGGAGCAGGAUUAGAGCCUUGCUUCACCAACAAGCACCAGUGCAACUGAAAACAAAGAAUGACAACUUGGGCAGUUUUCUUUUUCAGAUUUCUUCUGAAAAUAUAUUAAUAUUACAUGAAAGUGAGAACAUAAAUAUGUCAAGUAAUCCAUUUUUCUUGCUAUAAAGGCAUAAAGAACUGCUGCCAUGCUGAAAAGAAAGGAUCACUUCCCACCAAGCACUAAACCACUGUAAGGCAUGCAGUCAUUAGACCAACAUCUAGACAAGUUGCUUGUAGUGAUGUUGUAGCCUAAUUCUGCUUCUUUGAGUGGAUUCACUCCCUGGCAGCUGCUUGAGCUAAUGCUACACAGAGAACAGAGCAAAACUAGACCUGUAGGUCUGCAGUUGUAUCAAACUUGGUAUCAAACCCCUAAGCUGGUAAAGAUGUGAAUAUGACACAGUUUUGCAGAAGAAUUAACUUAGCUUCUGGUAUACGGCAGUAUUUUAAAAGACCCAAAUACAUGAAAUCACUUCUGCUCCUCCUCCAUUGUAAUCAGAAUGGUAGCAAAAGUCCCAUUUUUCCAUUUCUUGAGUGUGCCAUCCUGCAAUACAGGGCUAGGUUAAAGCUCAGUGCAAAGCAAGGAGGGAAUUGUGUGCCUACACACAAUUGUGUGAAGUCAGUAGAUGAACUUGCUCAAUGCCUUUCAAAAGACUCUUAAUCAUACAAUGUAGCCCUCAAUUUCACAUCAGCAUGGAUCACAUUACCGAAUUAAAGGUGAAUGGAUGUAGGGCAGCUGGGCAUGACUAAAUUUUCAGGGCAGAAACUCCAAAUGAAUCAAGCACUCAAGCACUCUAUGCACCAGAAUACCCUGAUUAGACUGUUAUUAUUCCCUCUCUUAGGCAAUGAACACAAUCCUGCUGUACAUCUCUGGAAGCUCCCCAUGUGGAUGGAGCAAACUGUGAUCUCAGCUUCUGCUGAGGUGUCACUUUAAAAAGUGUGGACAGCUGCUAAAGCACUUCAAAUAAGAAACGAUUUAAAUGUAGAGAUACUUUUCUCAGCUUGAGAAUAUUUUAUGAUGUGGUCAGUGGUGAUAAGAUAAUCACUCACUUAAAAUUAAGCCUGUCCCUUCCUGAUAUCUUGGUUAUUUCAUCAUGUUUUAUGGCAAUAGUAUAUGCACCUUUUCUUAAAGCACAUGACUGUAAAUCCAGUUUAGAACAGAACUCAGAUCACUGAAUAUGUAAUUGGAAUCAUUAACUGAAAAGACCUGUUAGUAGAAAAGAUAGGUAUGCAUAUCAAUGUAAAAAUGUUACACAGUUAAUGUCUGGCCUAGCAAUGAUUGUGUUCCAUGGAAUGAGACUGAUUCCAAGCACAGCAAUGUGCCAGAAGAAAAACUCCAAUUAAUUUUGAUGGGCUUUGGAGCAGUCCUGUAGUUAUUAACUGUAAUACAGUUUUUAGUUAUUCAUAGGUAUUAAACUGUAUUGCCAGCUGGUAUAGUCCCUGUGCCAGGUAGAACUCUCAGAUAGGAGAUGCACUUAAUAGGGUGAAAGUCCAGCCUUAGCAAAAGUUUUCUUUGACAUUGUUGUAGUUUCAGCAGCACAUUCAAGGACUAAAUCUCAUCCAAUGAAUUAAUUCAUGCCUGAGAGCAAAAUUUGACUUUCUGGGUUUAAGAACCUUUUUCUCUUUUUAUACUGGUAGAAAUUAGUCAUACUGUCUCAAAUUACUCUCUCAUUGGAAAUUAAACCCCCUUUGAUUGUGAACUGAUUAUUUCCAUUGUUGUAGUUGCAGAAUGGGUUUGGGAGUGACAAGGAAACAAGGAAAAGCCCCUUUGUUACUGCUCAGAAACUCAACUGUAGGCCAAAGAUGUCUUUUCUUUUGUCCUUACUAGCAUUGUUUGUUGAGUGGAAUUCUCUCUGUAGGUGGUGCAGGGCACUCCUGAAGUGUGGCUGGGGAGCAGCACACACAUUGUACCCAGCUCAGGAUGGCAGCACAGGCACCAUCACACACGUGGGGUGAUGGGAUGAUCCUGGACAAAGCUGAGUGUGUUCCCAUCUGAGCUUCACUCUGCUUUGCAAUGCUGGGACACAUCCCUUUGGAGAGAGACUAAGUUCUUGGAAGUUCACCUGAGGCAAAGCCUACUAUACUUCCUUAUCCACCCAACAGAAUGAUUAGAAGAAAAUUCUUUGAACUAAAAGAGGUUUUCUCUAGUGGACUUAGUUGACAGAGAUUUUACAAUCUAUGAAAAAUAAGUAUUUUUAAAAUUAUGAGAAAUACUUUGAUGGUUGUUAACUUUCAUAUUUCACUGCAUAGCAGCAGAGGGAACAAAAUAUCUUCUAUUAAUAUCAAUGGCAGCUGGGCAAGCAAAGGCAGGAAAGAAUACAGUGAAAUACUGGUGCAGAAAAUGUUACCAAUAAUUUUGUUUUAAUAUUAGCUAGAGCGUGUCCCUUCCCCUGAAACCACUGCUCCCUGCUCUGCAGAACAGCUGAACCAAUUACUUUUUUAGAUGGAACAGAUCUGAAGUUUAAUCUGGUUUUUAUUAAUUUCAGUUGCAAUUCUUUCUGCAUAUUUUCAAUAUGCAAAAAAUACUUAGUACACUAAAGCUAAUGCUCAUCCUGCAUUGUUACAUUAUGCAAGUGUAGCUAGGGAGCAAAUAGCUUGUAUGGCUGGUAUUUCAUACACUCUGCAUGGGUGCAAGACCCUGAAACUCAGACUGUAGCCUCAGCUGCAGAAAAAAGCUUAGUAUGAGUGACUCCUGCCCUGCUCCAUGGCCAGCACAGGCUGUAGUGCUGUAAAUUCAGAGUGGCUUGGACUGCUCACUCCUCCCUUGAUGCCUUUCCCUCCACAGAAGUGGUAUUUUGCUCCAUAAACAGCUCUUGUGAAAUGCCAAAGGAACAUUUUUCUAGCUCUCUGCCAUACAAAGGCUCUGUAUUCAUACUCCAGAUCUGUCAUAACAGAAUAGGAAUCUUUCUCUCUUUUCAUCCCCAUGGCUUUAAAACUGCCAGCCCAGAUUAAUAUUGCAGUGUAGCAAUGUUCCCAGGCCUCCUAGAAUGCAGAAGACUUAGGAGUUCAGAGCUCAGGAAUCCUACAAGUUAAAUGUUUGUAAAGGAACCUUCCUUCUAAAAGGUACAAAGCCCCAUCUGAUGGAAUUCUGAACAGAAAAUUCCAUAUUCCAGCUACCUUUCAGAGAAACAUAACUUCUUCAGUGAACUAUUACUGGUCAGUACUAAAUCACUGCUUUCAUUAUUGAAUUAUGCUUCUAAAAUUCCAGUGUUUUUGAAAUGAAUAUAUGAUGGUUUUUUGAUGAUUGGUCUGUGGGCAAACAGAAUAGAGAAAAUGGGGGCUGUAUUUUAGACUGUUGACAUCACCUGUAUUUCUUUAGCAGCCCAAGUUGGGUUAUCACUUACUGUCUGUCCUUGCCUUGAACCAGAAGGAAUUGUUCCAAUACAAUAGUCAAAAUUAUUAAAACUUAGUGAAAGAUGCACACACAGAGCUAUUAAAUUCAAGUGUUUCAAAGUCUGAUUAUUACAAAUGUACAAGUACUUCCCUUAGGGGUCUGUAAAAAAAUCAUUACUAGUACACAACAUAGACGGAAAAUAAAUUAUCCUCUGGGUUUCAGAACUCUUAGCAAGCAUUCGUCAAUUUAUAAAGGUGAAAGAUUGUAUUUUAAGUCUUCUUUUCACUUUUAGCAACAGUGACUAUCAACUAUCUUAAACCUAAACUCCAAGAACAUAUUAUUCUAAAACUAUUAGAAUAAUACUAUUUAGUCACAGACCCAAAAGCACAGAGUAAAAAUGGGUAAGCAGAAUUGUCUUUAUUUUCAAACUGAGAAAUUCAAAGGUUGCAUGACAGGCCCAGGGUUACCUGGGAAGAACAUCCUUUCAAAAAAUUACCCCAAAAAGAUAUCAAAAUUUUAGUUUUACAUUCCUUCUGGUGUUACUCCUUUUUACAACUGUGCUUAGAUAAACAGGAACUAAAUUAUUACUUUGAGUUUUAAAAAGAAUCAAGCUAAGAAAUAAAUAUGGCUUAAAAGAGUGGUAUAUAUUAAUCAUGUGAGUGAUAGCAAUGAGGAACUGUGCUUUUCCUGUAUCUUUUUCAUUAAAUUAAAAAAUUCAUGUUAUGAUUAGCAUUUUCAGGUCAAAUUGAAAUCCCUCUACCAUAGAAUCAUAAAAUUGUAGAAUCAUUAGGUUGGAAAGGAUCUUUAAGAUGAUUGAGUCCAACUUUUAACCCAUCCAUUAUACUCAAACCAUGUAGCUUUGUUAGAAAUUCCCAGAACAAAUACCAACACUUUAUUAAUUCCACAGGCAGGAAACAGUAAAGUUACUUGAAAGUGGCUGUUAUGAUUUUGUGACUGUACAUAGAUCUUGCAAAAUGUUAUUGGUAAUCUGCAUCCUGUAGCCCACAUAAACACUGCGAGAAUAGCAUGGUCAUUGUUACGCUUUAUAGCUGUUGUGGAAAAUGUCUUACCCUGCAUUCAUGCUGAUAGUGCCCAUCCUACUCCCAUGCCUUUUUAUACAGUUGUGGUAAGAUUGUUAUGAAAUCCUUUUGUCAGUCAUGUUCCAGCUAACUUACCUAUGUAUAGAAUUUAUAUAUUAAACCCCCCUAAUUUAUACUGUGUUUUAACAGUUUGCCUGAACUGUCUAUGGUUUCUAAAUUUUGUAAUGUGAGUGUCAAAUAAGAAUAAUAUUAAAAAAAAAAA